GAUUAAACCUUUACAAGCUAGAGGCUUCCCGAAACUUAGAUAUAAUGCCAAGAGCAAACAACACAUGUAGAUAUAUAGAUUUUAAAUGUAACCUCGCGGGAGAAACUGUCUAUUUCCCUAAUGUCGAUUCUACCAUUAAAAUAGGCGAAAAACUUGGUUGCGGGGCUUAUGGAGACGUAUUCAGAGGUUAUUUAAUGCGUGAAGAAGAACAACAAUCCAAUGGAAAUGCACUUACUGGAGAAAGCAGUCUACUAUCGCAAAAUGUGUUUCAAAAUGAUGCUACUAUAACUAAUAAUCCCCUUUUAAACAUACAGCAAAUUGAAACAAUUGCAAUAAAUACUAAUUUGGAUUCAAAUGAUCGGGUGGAUACAACCUAUGAACAUCUUUUCAGUGAUGCUCCUCCGGAAAAUAGGAUUCUAAACAAACAAAUAGACUAUGCCAUAAAGUAUUUUAAAGAUGAUAGCAUUCAGAUGAUGGAUGAAGGAUUCACUUCGGGAACCAUUAGAGAACUCAGUAUAAUGAAGAGUUGUCCAGAUCAUCCUAAUAUUAUAAAACUGGUAGAUGUCUUUGUAGGUGAAAAUGAAAAAAUAUCCCACAGACUAAACAAACAACUGGGAGAAUUGCUUAAGAACAAUAAGGAUUGUAAAAUAAAUGGAAAAGACCCAAAUCUUUACCAGUUUAAAGAUACGCAAAUGUUUGUCCUAGGUCUAUAUGAAUUUUGCAAAGGUGGAGACCUUGGACGAUUGAUUUGCAAGAGAAUGUCAAAGGGCGGAGUUGGAUUUUCAACUGCCGAAAUUAAGUGGCUUUCAUUCCAACUGUUAAACGGAUUGGCUUAUUUACACAAUUCUAAGAUUGAGCAUAGAGACCUAAAACCAAACAACAUCAUGCUAGAUAGGGACGAUGAAUUUCCCAUUCUCAAAAUUGGAGAUUGGGGUUUGGGAAGGGAAUAUAGAUCGUUAUAUGGGACUGUUACACCAACUGCGUGCACGAUGUUUUACAGACCCAUAGAAGUUAUCUUAGGAUCAAUCACUAUAAGUGCAUCUGACCUGGUGGAUAAGAGUACAUACGUAAGUUUGCUCUAA